UUCUGUCUACAAAAAUAUCUCUAUCUAGGGUGGUGAGACCAUCUGAAAAUUGCGUAAAUGAUGUGUGUCAUUUUGAAUUUAACGUCAACUAUAAAUUCACCAUGAUGCAAUAUAACUAUUCCGAUAUCAGAAACCCUGAAUAUAAACCAGUGGUUGUGAAAGACAACAUACUUCAGCGACGUGCACCGAGUGUAGUGACUUGUGAAGAUGAAUUCACUCCUAUUUCCAAAGAAGAGUUCAUUGACACUGUGAGCCCAGGAGACGGGGGUUAUAAGUUAGUGUACGCUAUCAAUGGACAGAUUCCUGGACCUGAUAUAGUCGUGUAUGAGGAUCAAGUGAUAUCCGUAUCUGUCCGUAAUCAGUUAAGGAUUGAGGCACUAUCCAUACAUUGGCAUGGAAUGAUCCAGCGGGCGACUCCAUGGAUGGAUGGGGCGUCUAUGAUUUCUCAAUGCCCAAUUUUACCUGGGCAAACAUUUCAAUAUAGAUUCCUUGCCUCGCCAUCAGGAACCCAUUGGUAUCAUGGACAUAUAGGCACUAUGCGCUCUGAUGGGAUAGCAGGGGCUUUGAUCGUACUACCGAGGAUUAGACCGCGAAUUCACAUGCUCAUCAUCGUUGCAUUUGAUGGACAUGCCAUUGAACCUUUCAAGGCUGACAGCGUGGUUAUUCAGCCUGCAGAGAGAGUACCCAUUAUUCAUCCUGAUCGUACACACGCUGUCUUGAAUUAUUAUGGAGAGGAUGAUGAGCGUGAACCAAGAAUCAUGCCUCGACCAUGCUGUCAAAGUUCUCCUUGUGUAGCUGUGAAUCGUGUGUAUGGCCCUAAAGUGAGUCAUGGUGCAUCAAUUCAGCUGAAAUGCAAACCCACUCUCCUUGAGGGGGGAUUUCAAUGUUGUAUAUACAUCUGUUACGGAAAAUGUCUGGAAACCAUGACCAUGUUUCCGAGAGGACCACAAAUCAAUGGCCGUCGAUUUGUCAAACCAACAUCACCCCUUCAGACGUAUCCUGGAGUGGAUGUUAUCACCCCCUGUGGAACAUGUGAAAGCAAUGAGUGCGACUGUACCCAUAUUAUCAAAUUUGGUCUUGGAAAUAUCAUAGAAAUAGUUAUUUUCUCGUUUGGUGAUAUAAGAGUAUCUCAUCCUGUGCACAUCCACGGACAUCAUUUUCACGUACUUAAGACGGGGUAUCCGCCUUACAAUCCGGUAACCGGAAAUGCUACAGGACGCAAUCCGGAUAUUAGGUGCUUAGAUGAGUUCUGUACAGAAGCAACUUGGGCAGAUCCCUCUUGGAAUUCAGGACACAUACCGGGAAUAAAUUUGGAAAAUCCUCCAGUGAAAGACACCGUUUCAGUACCUGCUAACGGUUACGUCAUAAUCAGACUAAAAGCAGAUAACCCUGGAUUCUGGUUACUUCAUUGCCAUUUUGCAAACCAUCAUUUGAAAGGAAUGGCUUUGGUCAUUCAGGAGGGCGAGGUAGAGGAUAUGGCUCCAAUACCUCCUAACUUUCCCACUUGUAGCGACUUUCAGUUUAGCGCUGUUCAAUGGCAAAUAAGAGUUAGAAGUCAAAGGACCCGGCUUGCGUCAAGAGGCAUUAUUCCGGAUUUCAAAUCAGGACUGGCACUCCAUAGUGAAUUACAGAAUGAUGAUCCAUGUCGUCUCAAUCCAUGGAUGUGUAAAAUGAAAGUGUAUUGAUUAAAAUCAGCACGAUCUUACAGUCUGUGUUUUACACUGAA